UUGAGCAAGAAGAAAGAUCCACCUUGAAUCGGUUUGUGAAUAAUUACCUUUUCAGAAAUGCUUGAGGCUACCAGAGGCACGUUUAUGCAUUAGAAAGUGAAACUUUUCCUGUGUUAACUUCACAAAGUUUUACUUCUAAAAAUAUACUUUUCCAGCUCACUUUAGUUUCUCACUAGAAGUUUAUAUUGAAGAUUUUCCACUCAAAUGGAAUAGUCCGGAUUGAAACUACCUGUAAUUGGUGUAAUCCAAUUUAUUGCAACAUAAUUCUAGUUUUCUUGUUUUUUAUUUUCUCUUCUUUUCCAAUGAAACAUUCAAAUGAAUUUCAACUUAUCCAGAGUCAAUUGUGAAUAUUUUUUCUUCAUGUGUCUGAGUUUUGUUUUAUUUCCUAGUUAUUCAAAGUCACCUUUACACACCAAUGGUUCCGUCUAAACAGUUGAUUAGGUUCAAUUUUUCUGCAUCAAUUUUAAGUGUUAAGUCAACUUGUUAACAUUGGCUCUGUGAAAAUGUCGUCCGAACUAGCGAUUUGUGGUAAAAGUGUUUCCCUCAAUCUUGGAAGUUAUCUUUCGCCAACUUUGAUUCUCAACAAUUUAAACUUAGCCAUUCCAAAAGGAUGCAUUUAUGGGUUGAUUGGACCUUCUGGUUGUGGCAAGACAACCCUUCAAAAGUGUAUAAUGGGUGUUUAUAAACCAGAUCAUGGGUCUAUCUCAGUUUUUGGUUCAACCCCUGGUUCACCCGAAUCACUGGUUCCUGGUCCUAGUGUUGGUUACAUGCCACAAGAUAUUGCUUUGGACAGUGAAUUGACUGUUCGUGAACAGUUAGUUUUUCUUGGUCGCAUCAACAAUCUAAAUAUGGAAUUGAUCAAUAUUCGUAUAAAAGAAAUUACUGAAACACUGGAAAUUAGUGACAUCGAUAACAGGUCAGGCCAGUUUAGUGGUGGACAACAACGUCGCAUCUCCUUAGCUUGUACAUUUAUUCAUCAACCCUCACUUUACCUUCUCGAUGAACCAACUGUUGGUUCUGACAUUGUUUUAGUUCAUAAAAUAUGGAAUUACCUCAAACACUUGCGUGACAAUUCUGGUGCAACAAUAAUUAUAUCAACUCAUUACAUUGAAGAAGUCAACUCUGCUGAUUUGUUUGGUUUCAUGUCCAAAGGUACAAUGAUUAUUCAAGAUUCACCCAGUAAUUUUAUCCAAACAUCAGGAACUCGAACACUGGAAGCAGCUAUUCUCAAGGAAUACAUAAAAAUAUACUCUCACCGACUUGAAACGCAAAGGCCAAGUUUUUUCCCUGAACAAUUUUUAAAUGAUACAGAUUUAGUGCCAAAGAGAAGGCGAUCAUUAAGGUCGUCCAUUGAUAGUUUAAUAAAGCGAGUGUCUUUUGCUUGGUUUCCUCGGAUGAAAAAAUCAAAGGAAAAGACGAGAUCCCAAGAAUCACGAGAUGUCCCACCGUCAUUGCCAAGUUACUUAAUAAUUUCAUUACUCAUUUGGCGAUAUCUUCUUCGAUGGAAGAUUACAAUGACAAUUCCAUUUGCUGUUUUCCUUACCAUGACGAUAACCAGUUCAAUAGUAAUGUUUGGUGUUUAUGGAUUACCAAUGAAGCAGUUAGCUGUUGGAAUAGUCAAGCAUGCUAAUUCAUCCAAUUACCUGACUAAUGUGACAAAUUAUAUGGCGACAGAUGAUUUUAGUUUUCUUCAAAUGCCUGAUGAGGUAAUUGCUCGGCAAUCAGUUGAAAAUGGGACCAUUACAGGGUAUCUUGUGAUUCCCGAGGAUUGGGAUUAUUAUUUGAAGCAAAAAGUGGUGACAACGUUUUCAACAAAUCCAAACGAGGCUUCGAUUAAACUAAGUCAAGUUACAUUAAUUCAAGACACAACUCACGCUGGUAAAGUAUUGACAGUCCAAACUCGUCUAUUUCAAGCUUUGGAGAGUCUAAUGAAUAACAUAACAGUUCAAUCAGGAUUUCACCCAAUGUACAAUUCCUUCUUUGAUUCUCGUCCCAUUUUUAAAUCACUGGAUGAACCAGAUAAAUUAGCUCCAAGGUACAACUUCAUUGUUAGAUUGUAUGUAUUUUUCAUCGAAACGUUCACGAUUCUUCUGUUGACUGCUUGGUUCCUUAGAGAGGGAAGUGAAACAGUCAAUGAAAGGCUUAUAUCGUUGGGAUUGAAACGCUACCAAUUACUUGCUUCAUUAAUGGUUGUUGCAACUUCAUUUUUGACUAUUUCAUUCAUGGCAAUGUUUGCAUCAUUUGUAAUUUUCCUUAAACUUCCAGCUCCAAGCUCGUGGUUUGCUGUGGUCUGGUUAACGGUCUCAAUCGUCAUUUGUGGCAUCUGUAAAGCUCGAUUACUUGGAUCAAAUAUUAAGUCAGACAUUGGUUGUAUGACUUUAAUUAUAUUCUAUAAUGCACUUCUCUGGUUACUUGGUUGUGUUGCCUGGCCAUAUGAAGGUUUAGAUUAUUUCAUGCAGCCCUUGACAGUUAUGGUUCCUCACCUCGAACCAAGUACUGCUCUAAUAAGACUUACUAUUUAUGGUGAUUCUGUUUACACACCUCAAGUUUACCAUGGAAUCGGAGUUGCAACUGUUUGGGCUGUAAUCCAUUUGUUGAUCACUUUUGUUUUAGCCAGAAAGUGGUGAACAGAUUUCGA